AUGAGCUUUGGAAGUUUCUUAAAGGGUAUCGCAAGUCAGGCUACGCAGGGGAACUAUCAAAAUGUUCUGGAAGCUUGUGGUAGGAAGCUCUCUGAAGUUGCCUCGACAUUUUCCAGCACAAAGAAGGUGGAGAUUCUUAGUGCCUCUAAAAUGAAAUCUCUCCAAAAAUGUGACGGCUCCAUGAAUUUUUCCGUUUAUAUGGAAAAGAGUGGCGAUAGCUUGUUUCUUGUAGUCUAUGUUCCAAGGUUUCUGGUCGUUUUUCGUGGUAAAGAUGGAAGUGAAGCAAAAAAUGUUUGCACAAAUUUCAAUUGUGUAAUAGAACUUGUUAAAGCACUUGAGACCGCUCCAGCUAGCGAUUCACUCUUCAUUACCUCGUUGGAGAAAUUACAGCCUUCAGUACUGAAUAACCCUGGAUAUCGAAGUAUUCAUCAUGCGAGCGCUUGCGGUUUUGCCCAAGCUAUUUUCGUUAUGUGUUCCAGUAUAAAAGCAGAUUUGCUGGUAAAUGAAGCUUCUGAAGAUGGUCGUUUCCCACUUCAAAUUGCUGCUGAGAGCAACGAAAAAGAUACACUGUUGGUACUGUUAAAUUUUGGUGCUGAUAUUGCCAAACAAGACAGCCAUGGACGUAACGUUUUGCAUUAUGCUGCUCAAAAAAACUGCGACCUCCUGCGGAUCCUUGCCAAAUACUCCUCUUUUGAACGCGGUUUGAAUGCAGUGGAUGAAAAUGGAAAAUCUCCUCUUUGUUAUUCUGUUCUCGAUGCUCGGGCACAAAAUGUUAAGCUCCUCUUGGAAGCUGGUUGUUCCACAGGUCCAUACCGAUUUGGCCCAUUGGUAGCACUGGUUCCUUUUUGCAAAGUGUCACUUGAUUUGCUUAAGACCAUUGAUAUUAUCUUACGUCAUGAUCCAUCUUUUCUGGACGGAAAAAUAGAUAACUCAUCUACAAUUCUUCAUCGAGAGCUGGAUCCUUUGAUUUUAAACCACUUACUAGAAAAGCCGGAGGCUCAUCACUUAUUCAAAAUGCGAGAUAAUAAUGGGCGAACUCCUUUACAUAACAGCGUCCUCAAAGGAAAUCUCUCGCAGACUCUCCGUCUAUUAGCUUAUAACUCAAAGGUGGAUGCUGUGGAUCAGAAUGGCGAUACCGCACUUCAUUUAGCUAUAAAACAUGGUUUUGAAAAUUUGGUGAAGUUACUGCUGGUUUUUAAUGCUAAUAUGUCUCUUAGAAACAAAGAAGGGUUUGAUUCGAUGGAUUUGGCUUGUUUUUCUCAUGCAGAAGGAAUAAAAAACUGUAUUAGUUUGUUUGCCAGUCCGUUCGCUCCAGAUGGUUCUGGCAAAGACGAUUCUUUUACACAUCCAGAACAGACUGAAAAUGCCACUUAUAAACCACUUUUCCUGGGUCGCUGGCACAAGUACGGGAGCAAUCUUAGGGUUGUCCUUAGCAAAAGAGUAUUAGUGACUGCUACGUCAGUGAAAACAAAUCCGCCAAAUCUGAAAAUAUUUCGCAGUUAUCGCCUCCCCCUUUCUGAUAAAGAGAAUGAGCUCUUAGGGUUUGAUGACCCUAAAAAAUCUAUCAUCUGGAAAUGUGCGAGAUAUUCGAGUGCUGCACCAACAUUUUUCCCCUCUAAAGAUGGUUUAGCAGACGGUGGUUUAACAGCAAACAAUCCGACAAUUGAUCUUUUAAGCGACAUUCAUGAUUACAAUGCUGCAUUGAAUAAAUCAGGAAAGGAGGGAUGUCAAGUAGGCUGUAUACUCUCAGUCGGCACAGGUUCUGGACCUGUGGAAAUCAUUGAAGAUGCCAGAUUUGAUUUUCACAAGACGCUUAAUCCACGUGAGGGCUACAAGAUGCUCCUUGAUGCAUGGAAUCUCAAGAACAUCUUAGUGGAACAGAUAACAUCCUCUGAUAAGGACUGUGUUAGACGAGCUCGUGCUUUUGCUCAUAGCAAAGGAAUACCAUUUUUCCGUUUCUCUCCUCAAUUAUCUAUCCCCGUUCCACUUGACGAGAAGAGCGACGAAGUUAUAUCUCAAGCUCUUUGGGAUACAGAAGUUUACCUCCGAAAAGAGGCCCAAGCACAUGUUACAUCUCUAAUAAGCUACCUGAAUGAUCUGUCUUGA